UCGACGCGAGUGUUGGUGUUAAAACCUCGUAUCAUAGUUUUUUUUAAACUUUACAAUGUUUAUUCUUGUAUUAAGUGCUUAAAUAUUUUGAUGGAACUUUAUCGUGAGUGUAAGUUUUAAAUGCUUUGGAAAUGUCGAAGAAUAAGAUCGCCGCUCGUAUUGACAGUCAAAGUGUGGAAGUAAAGACCAAGUUUGACGCAGAAUUCAGACGAUUCUCCUUAAACAAAUCAGAAAAACUGAAAUAUGAGGACUUUAAAGCAUUAAUAGAAAAAUUACAUGGGCUUCAUGAUGUGACCUUUUUAAUCAGCUAUACCGAUCCUCGGGAUGGUGACCUUCUACCAAUCAAUAAUGAUGAUAAUUUGGCUCGGGCGUUACUUACAGCAAGGCCCUUGUUAAGGGUUAUAAUUCAAAGAAAAGGUGACAGUCUAGAAGAACUAAAUGGCUAUGGAACGAUGCGACCUAGGAAUAUAAUCUCGUCGAUACUGAGUGGAACACCAGCCAAGAACAAGGGUCUCGCUAUAUCCAACCCACAUGACUUUAGAAUGGUAUCAGCAAUUAUUGAUGUAGAUAUAGUACCAGAAACAUGUAGAAGGGUGAAGCUGCUCAAACAUGGAUCAGAUAGACCGCUUGGGUUUUUUAUAAGAGAUGGAACCUCGGUCCGUGUGACGCCAAAUGGCGUGGAACGGUCCCCGGGCAUCUUCAUCUCCAGACUGGUGCCUGGGGGACUGGCUGAGUCCACUGGCCUACUGGGAGUCAACGAUGAAGUGUUAGAGGUCAACGGAAUUGACGUUUCUAAUAAGACCUUGGACCAGGUGACAGACAUGAUGGUAGCGAAUUCUUCGAAUCUAAUAAUAACGGUUCGUCCAGCGAACCAACGAGCGGGCCUACCGGUCGUUGAAGCCAGUCGUAACUCACAACCUUCGAGCGAGCCCGACGAAGAUAGAUUCGACCAAGAAGACCAAGACGAGAUUGUAGACCUUACGGCUGUGACCCUGCAGGACCAAGAACACACUUACCAGCCUCUGGCUAAGGAUGAUGGCCAGAUACUUCAUCUCUAGUACAUACUUCAGAGGUUUCGGAUAAUGAAAAGUGAGGGUAGUCCUGCGUAUACGCUAAAAUGAGGGUAGUACUAAAUGAGAUGAAAUUAGUUAUAAGGCAUAGUAAAGCAAUUUUUUGUGACUUUUUGUGAUUAUGAAACCUUGUCAGCCGUAUUGUUAACAGAUAUCGUCCAGGUAACCCUAAGGAAACUCUAAACUCUCUUUUAAACGGAGAUAAGCAUGAAUAACAAUUAUUGGUUUAAAAUAAAUAUAUAAUUAAUUAAAAUAUCCUUUUUGAGGUAUAGUAUAUGUUAUAAAGCGCUUAUGUAGAUGAUAUUUUUAAAAAAAUCAAUAAAAUUGAAAAGUUUUGUACGAAAUUAUCAAAGUCAAAAGUCAAUUCAAAUUAUACCAAAUCAGUAAGAGUCUCACUUUGUGGAACCAGCUGCCAACUGAAGUAUUUCUGAACCAAUUCGACUUAGGGUCCUUCAAGAAAAGAGCGUACAAAUUUUUAAAAGGCCGGCAACGCACUCGCGAGCCCUCUGGCAUUGAGAGUGUCCAUGGGCGGCGGUAUCCCUCCUGCCCGUUUGCCCCCUAUUUUAUUUAAAAAAAAGAAGUAUUCAGUUCCACUUAGGGUCAUUCAAGAAACGAGCGUACCAAUUGUUAAAAGGCCGGCAACGCACUCGCGAGCCCUCUGGCAUUGAGAGUGUCCAUGGGCGGCGGUAUCCCUCCUGCCCGUUUGCCCCCUAUUUUAUUUAAAAAAAAGAAGUAUUCAGUUCCACUUAGGGUCAUUCAAGAAACGAGCGUACCAAUUGUUAAAAGGCCGGCAACGCACUCGCGAGCCCUCUGGCAUUGAGAGUGUCCAUGGGCGGCGGUAUCCCUUCUGCCCGUUUGCCCCCUAUUUUAUUUAAAAAAAAAGAAGUAUUCAGUUCCACUUAGGGUCAUUCAAGAAACGAGCGUACCAAUUCUUAAAAGGCCGGCAGAGCGCUUGCAAGCCUUCUGGCAGUACGAGUGUCCCACUUACUCAUGUUUUCCAGUACUGACUCCAGAAAUAUUUCAUGAAAUAAUUUGCUUAAAUAAUCUUAAUUGCUGUGCUAUACCUUAUUCCGUAUUUUUUGUCGAUUUUAGGAUGAAUUGUGUGACACGUUUUUAGCGUAUUUGGACUUCCGUCGAACUCGUAUCUGUGACUACGUUAAUACCUUAAAAACAGUUAAAUAUUGAUUUGUGGAUAUAUGCAGUACUAUCACAAUGUAACUGUUGUCGGUUCAAUUGAUUAACAUUUGGAAAUAUUUUAACUUUUAUCAAAUCGUGGGCUUUUUCGGUAAAGGAAAUUGUAUUUAUUAUAUUACAUUGUUAUCUCGGUACUGCAACAUUCCUAGUGUAUCAUCAUCGCAUUUAUCAUUGGUUAUAGCUUUGUUAGAAAUAAAAAGUUCCUUCGACGGCCUUAACGUAUUGAUAAAAUUGGUCAUAAUUUGAGGUAUUAGUCUUCAUAGACAAUAAUUUUCAUUGAUGUCGUCAAGCAUUCCAUUACUUUAAUAGUUUUCCAGCAUUCCAUAUGUUCUCACCCCGCGAUCGAUACUUGGAGAAAGUAUGACUCGUUUGUCGAAUCCUACUUUUGACGUAAAGGUCAUACUUAGCUCUGACCGACUCGGAAGGACCAUUUAGAAACGUAUUGUACUUAAGUAUUGUAUUAUACAGACAAUGAUGCUUUAGACUAAGACUUCACUUCCUAUGGAAGGUGCUAACGUUCAUGUUUUCGAGUUUAAAAUUAUAAAAAAGUAAGAAUUUAUAGUAUUCGUUAAUUUAUUAAUCAUUAUAGUUUUGCGAAUUUGUUAAUAACAUUCCAUUUAAGGUUAGUAGUGCCUUGAAUCUCUUUACUGUUGCCAAUCGAUUUGCUCGAAAUGUUUCGUCAUUGUCGAAGACAGUGUAUAGUCGGUGGCCUAAUAUUGUGCCUUGUGAGACUCCUUAGCAAUAAUUUAUAUGAAACAUUUUUACAACUAUAUAUCACAUAUUCUUAGUUGUUUUAUACAAAUUUAGAUGUAAGAGGAUUUUAAUCGCGUUAUUAAUCCAAAUAUAAGCGUGAACUGGAAGGGUUUACGACAAUUUGUCAAUGAUGCUUUUAUAUUAAGUUACUCUUGUCGUCUUAGUUUAGUUUAGAUCAAAGCAUUUUAGUUUAGAGCUUAUUUUAGUUAUCACUAUAUACUCCUAAGAAUUUAAUGGUAACGCCACAUAUCAGUAAGAAUCGGAAAAGCAAUCGUUCAAGUGCUUACGUCAAUUAAAAUUCUUCUCAUACUUUAACAGACACGUAAAUGUCAAAUGUCAAAUCUUUACGAUCCAGAUGUUGACGUUUACAUUUAUGUGAAUAAAUAACAGUUAAAUAAGGAGAAUCGAUGAAUACAUUCCAUAAACGUUUCGUUAUAAAAACGCACAGUUUUCAGAAACAUGUGCAAAGCUUUUGUAUUCGUGAUUUUGUAAUUUUGUAGUUUUUUUUUUUUCAAGUAUUGUUUAUAAGUAUUAGAUGCAUCGUUACUGUGUUAAGGGCCUACAACUAUUUUAAUAUUAACCGACAUUAUAUCACAAUAGGAUCGCGUUUAUAAGACUUAAAAUUUGUUUAACGCACGUUAAGCUUUUAUUAAAUAAUAAAAAAAAACAUUAAGAUCCGAAUUCCAAUAAUUACAGCGAUCAAAAACCGAGGUUAACAAAUGGUGAUAUUUUUGCAAUUUCGAUGUAACUAUAUAUCCUACCUUGGGAGACAAAAACUCAACAUUAAAGUCUGUAUUAAAAAACAAAGCUAUUUUUGCUGGAAAUAAAUAUACAAACAAUAACAACUUAUAAAAAUAUAGUUAAGAAAAAUAUAAAAAAAUGUCGAAGAAUGGUGUUUUGAGGUCAAAGAUGAUAUUCAAAAUCAAAAGUUUUUAUUUCAAAUAGGCCUUUGCAGGCUCUUAUGAAACGUCUAGUUGCACGGUUCCAAAAAGUGGGUCUCAUGGAGAAGAACCGGCAAGAAACUCCAUGGACACUCUUUUCAACAAUGGCUUAAGGAUAUGGAUAUUCGGCUGUAUUGUCUAUGAAAAAAUCUUAAAAUAGUUGUUGUCCUUAAAAUUCAUUUAUUGUCUUCUGAAUACAUGAAAUCCGGAGAAAACGUCAAGCAUUUAUGCUAAUUAAAUCAGUAUUUAUUGUAUUAUCUGGAUGUACUUAAAAUUGAAAUUUUACAGUGGUUUUUAAUUGGCUCAAUAUAUUGGUCAAAAUAUAAGGAUGAAUUAUAUUGUUUACUAGAUAUAUUUACACCUUAAUUUACUUGCGUUGUAUGUAAUUAAAUAUUCUUAUUGAG